CCCGAUCUGCGUAUUUGAUCACCUACUGACCAGCAUAACCUUUGAUUGUCACCAACACAAUGAUGGGUCGACACCGACCAUCUGAUUCUUUCAUGAUCUCCUCCACACGUAUACAAUGAUUUACUUUUCAGCUGUUUAUCAAACCCCCUCUUAUCAAUGACAUAAUCAAUCAAUCAUGAAUAACUCCCCCUCCCCCCGAUUCAUGGCCCAUGUAUUCAUUGAACAGUUUGUGGUACUAGAGAGGAACUUUGUUGGUUCAUUAGAUAUAGAAGCUACAUAGCUAAACUCACACAUUUUUAUUUAACUAAAUCAAGAAUGACAGUUUCUUUGGCCAACCUUUAAAAUCAACCCACCCUCUUUCUACGCUUUAUAUUCCAAAUCCUGAACCUUGAUGCGAUCGAUAGCUCUGGAUCCACUGAGUAGCCUGGGCCACUGAGCAGGCUGCUCAGUGGAUCCAGAGCCAAGGAUCACGGAUCAGGCACCAGGAACGGAGAGAAAAUCGGGGACGUGUUUAUUUUCUGGAGUCGUAUAGCAGUCUUCCAGGCCCGGAAUCCCCCGCUCACCUCCGCGGUGGUUGGUCUCCUCUCCGGCUCAGCAGUGUGGGGGUGUCGUGGUGGUUGUCCCUGCGGGCGGUAGCAGACCCCGACCCGGACGGAUCCAGGCGGGGUUGUAAACUAGUACCGCAGCCUUGCGUCAAACACACGCCGACUAAACCCCCUAGUAGGACAGUCAGCACUUACGAUAGCCACGUUAGCUCCACAGCAAGCCGACUCGGUGGUUAUUUUUGGGUGUUGUCGGCGGUAUGUGUUCAUGUGCCUAGUGGCACGCAAGCCACAGCAUCCGUGCCGUAAACCUUGUCCACUGUUCAGGGUGGGCUUUGCAGAGAGGAGGGUUCUUGCUGUCAGGGCAUUGUUUUGGUGGUGUGUCACAAGUGGAGACUAUUAACACAUUGCGCCCCGUGGCUUCGAAGAUAUUUCACAUGAAGGCCGACUCACUAUGGACCUCAAUUUUUAUUCGGAUUUGACGGACGAGACGGGACAGCAUGUCGAUACGGAGUUUCUGGACCCGCAGGCUUUCAAUGGAUUUGACUCUGUCGGCAAGUUCCCUGGAGCCAGCAACAGCUACCUCACCAUGUCGGGCUCCAGCCACCCCUUCCUCUCCUCCUCAGAGACGUUCCACACCCCCAGUCUGGGCGAUGAGGAGUUUGAGAUCCCCUCCAUCCCCCUCGAGCCCGACUCUGCCCUCUCCUCCUCCCACCACGGGGUCUCCCACUUCGGGGACCCCUCUCCCGACGACGGGGUGGUCGUCCCCGGCAACGCGGUGGUGGGCGGCGACGACCCCUCCUUCGCCUCCACCUACGUCAACACCCCCUCCCAGGGUCUGGAGCACCUGAGUUUGGGGGGGAUCAGCCAGCCAGGGGGGGGCGCCCUGCUGGGGUCUUCUCUGGGCAUGGACCUGGGCCAUCCCAUUGGCUCCCAGUUCAGCAGCGCCUCUCCAAUGACCAUCGACGUUCCCCUCGGCGACAUGGGCCAAGCCCUGCUGGCCACCAAUCAGCUCACCACCAUUGACCAAUCAGAGCUCAGCGCUCAGCUGGGGCUGGGCCUGGUGGGCGGGGCCAUGUUGGAGGAGUGUCAGUCCCCCGACAACCGCCUGUCUCCGGCGGCGUCGCCCACCAGCUCGCUACAGGACGACGACAUGGACGAUUUCAGCCGGAGUGUCCUGGUGGACUCCCCGGUCUCCCUCUCCGGCUCCCAGGGGGUCAUCUCCCUGGACCCCUCCGUGCCUGACUCCCCCUUCCCCUCCUCGUCCUUCUCCAGCGCCACCUCCUCCAGCGCCUUGGCCCCGGCCCGGGGCCGCAGGACAGCAGGAGGAGGAGGAGGAGGAGGAGGAGUGGGUAAGAAGGGGAGGAAGAAGAAGGACCCCAAUGAGCCGGUGAAGCCGGUGUCGGCCUACGCGCUGUUCUUCAGGGACACGCAGGCUGCCAUCAAGGGCCAGAACCCCAACGCCGCCUUCGGAGAGGUGUCCCGGAUCGUGGCGUCCAUGUGGGACAGCCUGGGGGAGGAGCAGAAGCAGGUGUACAAGAGGAAGAACGAUGCAGCCAAGCGAGAGUACCUGAGAGCCCUUGGAGCUUACCGGGCCGGACAUGUCUCCCAGGCUCCAAUCGAGGUACUGGACGACUCCUCCCCCUCUCCUCCCCCCAUCACCCCCUCCUCCUCCUUCUCCUCGUCCCGCCCCAGCAGGGUGCAGCCGUACAACCCCGAGGAGAACACCAUCACCAACAUCUGCACCUCCAACAUCAUCCUGGACCUCCCCCAGAUGUCCACUCGCUCCCGCACCGGCGUCAUCAAGCCUCCGGCCCCCAGCCCCCCCCCUGCUAUCACCAAGAUCAUCAUCAAGCGCUCGCCCUCGCCCUCCGGGGGUGUCACGGUGACGGCCAUGGCCGCGCCCCCCCGGCAACCGCCUCCGCUGCAGCCCAUGCACGGCAUAGCCCCGCCCCCGCCCCGCCUCCAGCAGAUGGUCCACAGCCAGGCCCCGCCCCCUCUGCAGGCUAAGCCUCAGGGUGCGCCCGCCACCGGGGGGAGCAUGGCUCCGCCCCCUCCCCUGCAGAUCAAGAUCGUCCCGGCGAAGCUGCAGGUCGGGGGAGUCGUCACGACGACGACGACGUUGUCGGGGGCGACCGACUUACUGGGAGAUGUGGGGGAGAUGGAGCAGUCUGCCGCCGCUGCCAUGGUGAUGGGCGGGGAGGAGGCGGAGGGAGAGAUGGAGGUGGAGGUGAGUGUGACCCCAGGGUCAAGGGUCGCGCCGGCCGCCAGCACCAGUGUGUGCGUGCGCGCAGGGUGUGCUAACCCAGCGGUGGAGAGCCAGGACUGGGACAAAGAGUACUGCAGCAAUGAGUGUGUAGCAACGCACUGCAGAGAUGUUUUCAUGGCAUGGUGUGCCAUCCGAGGGCAGAACUCCACGACGGUGACAUAGUAGGAAAAUUAAACACUUAUUUACAACCAAAGGAGCAAUGAUGGACACUUUAUGAAUGACCGGUCUACAAACCAGGUUGCAUUGUUUUUUAUAAUAUGCUCACUGACCACUACAGGUUUUUUUUUAAUACUGACAUGGGGACCGUUUCAGCAAUAGGGAGGCUUUCCUCUUUUCACCAAGGGCCCGAUCUGGUUCUUCUUCAACAUUAUUAUGAUUAGAAUAACAACAUCUGGUUGCUUGAUUAUUCUAAAAUGUUUGGUCAAGAAGGCUCAAGAUGGUGGGCUUGAACUUCUUUUAUGAAACUUCAGAUCACAUGAUUGAAACCUUCUUCUCACAUACAUUUUUUAUUUUCUUUAUUUAAGAAUGGCCUGAUAAUGAUUUGUGUAUACAACGUGACCUUGGUCGAUUGGUAGCUCAUAGAAUAAACGAAUGGGUGAGUGAGUUAAUUGAUUUCUAAAGGUGGAAAAAAUAUAUUGAUAAGUAAAAGAUGAGAACAACACAAUAAAUGGAGUGGACACGAUCGGUCUUCAGUCCAGUCGCCUGACCAAGAAAAUCAAAGAAGAAAGAUGUUGGAUACGUUGCAUUUUAUAUCAUGAACAGUCUAAAUAAUAUUUUAUAUUGAUAUGUUAUUUUUAAUGAGUGGUUGAUGGGCGACUUUCAUGAUUUUUGUGGCUUUAAUGGAUGCUAGUUACAAUUUGGAAGUAUUGAUCGGGUCAAAUUCUGAAGGUGAUUUAUGUUAAAUCAUUGAUUGAUAAUUCAAAAGUUUUGGUACCCAUAGCGAUGUAUGAGUAUGUCUUAAUAAUUCGGAAUUGAAUGCUUCAAUUUUAAGUCAGUUUGGAUAUAAGUGUCUGCUAAAUGACUAGACCUACAUGUAAAGCAGCUGGGGCAAACACAUUUUAAAAUAAAUAAAAUACAAAAUGUUAAUGAAUAAUAACAUGGACAAUAUUAUUCACACUGUGAUAAAAAUGCUGUGUUUUAAUUCAUACCUAUAGAUGUCCCUUGAAGUUGCAAUGGCAUUUUUAAAUUAUACUUUGAUUUGUAGAUUUUCUUUAUUGGAUACCUACCAAAUCCAACCGUUUUCUGCCCAUUUUAUCUUAAUAAGGAUCUGUAUGGUUUGAGGAGAAUAUCUUGGGGAUAAAUGAUUUAUGACUAUGAGGUCUAAAUAAGACGUAAAGAUAAACAUUUGUUAACGGCUAUGUUUUAAUGGUGAAAUAAAAGAUUUAUGUUUUGAUAUA